AUGCUCGGCAUUUGCCUGUGGUGUAUUAUUAUCACACUAGUACCCCAUAGUGCUUAUGCUUGGGAUAAGGAUAUACAUGAGCGUAUUGGUGAGGCUGUAUCACGGGUACUCAGUUAUAGGGAUAUAGAGGAUCUCAACAAGCUCCUCAAGGGUCAGUCAAUUCCCUACAUGUCACGAUAUGCUCAUGAUAAACUCCAAUAUGCUAACUAUGAUAGGACUGUUGAGAAUCACUAUGAGACCCAACUGAGAGAUUGGCAAUGCACUUUCGAUGUUAAUAACCCGGAUAAGUAUGCUGAAUCCCAAGGCCUUUACCGCUCGAUUCACGAUAUAUUCGGCCGAGUAACACACGCGAGUAAGUCAGGUGAAGAUCAUGGCAUUGCGAAAGAUAUGACAGAGCCUGUACAGAUAAGCUGGCUGCUAGGCUUAGUACAGGAUUUGCAUCAACCUCUCCAUACAGGGUUUGGAGCUGAUGACCACGGGCGAAGGAUAAGCGUCCAAUACCAUGAUGACCCUAGCACUAACUUGUAUGACUUCUGGGAACGUGAUAUUUCCUCGGCUGCUAAUCUCGAGACGCAGCUCGUAUUAAAAGCAUAUAACGCCGAGCUCGAUAAGCUGGUCCAGGAUGGUGGAUACGGCAUCCAACUAGUGAACAAAAUCUACAGCAAGGGUAUAGCCGAGUGGAUAGCGGAGUCAAUGGAGAUGUCGUGUAGUGAUAUAUACUCCGUCAUAGCUGGCGGUAGAGGACGUGAAGUCCCUAGAAUGUACCAAAUCGAUGAUGAUGUGUAUGCCAAGUGGCGCGAUUUAGCAACCAAGCAAGUCGUCAAAGCUGCAGCGAGGUCAGCUGUUGUACUGCACGGAAUAGCCGUACAUGCACGAUACUACCAUCCUGAGAUCGUGGGCAGUCUCUCUAAGUCAAGUAAGAUACAGCGUCAUAGAGUAAGAGGUAAUUGGAUGCAAGCUCUCGCCAAGAACUUCAUCAUAGCGGUUAUUAUAGUACCCUCCAUCCUGGUCUUCCUUAACUAUCCACAAUUCGUCAAACGCCUCAUGACUAACAAGGAUAACAGGUCUGAAUAAGCCACACCAACGAUGAGCGAUACCAGCCCUAACCGUAUCUUCGAGAACAGGCAUGGAGUUCUCGAUAUACAACUCGCGAUUCCACAAUCACA